AUGAUGACAAUGACAAGGUCAACAGUGGUGUCAUUGGCGACCCUCGCCCUUCUUUCUUACACCUCCGAUGCUACCGCAGUGCACAAACGAGAUUUGGAGGCGCCAAUCGAAAUCGAAGGAGGAUGGGAGUACCAGGGCUGUUACCUCGAUGUUGGCCGCACCAUCGACAAGGACAGCUUCCGCAAUGAUGAGAUGACCAACGAGAUGUGCGGUGAAUUCUGCUAUGACCGGGGCUACAGUACCUUUGGUACAGAGUGGUAUCAAGAAUGUUUCUGUGGCGACAAGUUGGCCCCUGGUGCUUCAGAAGCUGACCCCAAUGACUGCGACACCGCCUGCAUGGGCGAUGAGGACCAACCUUGCGGUGGAUCGAAUCGUUUGAGUCUGUACAAGCGCAAAGGUCCGGAUGUAAACCCUGGCUGGAUGGAUUACGAAGCGAUCGGCUGCUGGACGGCGUUGACGAGCCAGGAGCACUCGAUCGAUCCCGUCGACAUGACUGUCAAAAAGUGUAUUGAGGGGUGCGCCACUCGCGGCUACAUCCUCGCGGGCGUCGAGUUCGGCGGAGAAUGCUUCUGCGGCAACACAAUUACCAACGACCAUGAGCUCGCCGAAGCCGAUGAAUGUAGUUAUGCUUGCAGGGGCAACAGGACCGAGCUGUGCGGUGGCACAGGCCACAUGAACGUGUAUGACUUCAAGCUGCAGUUUUCGGGGCCACCGGCCACCACGUAA